AUGGCCGAAAGGAAGGAUACUCUACAGGUGAUAAUCGCCGGCGCUGGCAUUGCGGGGUUGGCGACAGCGAUCUCAUUGUCACGAAUCGCCUCAAUUCCAAACAUAGAUAUCCAACUUUACGAACAAGCACCUGAGCUGCUUGAAAUUGGAGCCAGUAUUGCACUCAGCCCAAAUGGAAUGCGCACCUUGGAAAAGCUGGGAGUGUACAAAGCUCUCACCGAUGAGUUUGGCUACAGAGGACCAAGUGGUAUACCACAAAUCUUUCGUCACUGGAAAACCGAUCAGGUUAUCUCGGUCGAUACUCACACCGAUGUUCCUAACCCUCGCCACCAUACCACUCGAUUCCAUCGAGGCCAUCUGCAUGCAGCUCUUCUUGAGCAUGUUCCCAGAGAAUCUAUACAUCUAGGAAAGAAGCUAAUCCAUACGGAGGCUGAUCAAAAUGGCGUCCUCCUGCAUUUCGAGGAUGGGAGUAGUGCGCAAGGAGAUGUUUUGAUAGGAGCAGAUGGAAUUCGAUCGGCCGUUAGGAAAUCAUUCCUGCCUGACUACAAGCUCCGAUUUAGUGGUAAAGUAUUCAUGAGAUCAACAUUUGACGCAUCUUUGGUGGAAGGGAAAAUCCCCAAUUUACCGUCUGAUUCCAUGCAUUGGUGGGGACCGCGAGAUAAUUUCUUUGCAUCUAGACUGGGCAAGGAUCAGUACACAACAGUCGGGGCUUACGAUGAUCCCCGUACAGCAGAAGAACUCGAGAGCAGCAUUGCCUGGGAUCAAAGUGGGAACAUUGAGUUCCUAAGGGAAAGAUACAAGAACUGGAAUCCAACCAUUCGAGCCCUGACUGAACUCACGCCCUACACCAAUCUAUAUCCCAAUUUCGCUGGAGAUGCUCUCUCGACGUGGGUAUUUGGUUCCCGGGUCACUCUUAUCGGAGAUGCUGCGCACGCUCACGGGGGUGCCUUUGCUGCCGGGGGCUCAUUGGCACUGGAUGAUGCUCUUGCUCUUGGCCUUGCCUUUCGGCAUGUAUUCGGUCCUCAAACUUCCGGGCGAUCUUUCUCGGCUGAGAGUAUCAAGAAGGCGUUGGGGUUGUACAGCAACACGAGACAACCACACACAGCUCGGAUACUGCGUAUUGUUCACAAUCAGAUUGAUAGGAGAGGCGCGCAAUUUACCUCAGCCGAAGAGGAGGAUGAGGCGUUGGUUGCCAGAAUGAGAAGCAGGCCAAAUACGGAAUGGUUAUCAGAACAUGAUGUUGAAGCUGCAUUCGCAGCUACGCUUGAGCAGGCGGAAGCUUCUAGUGCAGAAGCUUCGGAUCAAGUUAAUGCCUCGGAGAGUACAGAGCCAGUUCCAGAACCGAGCUCUGGCGAGAACGACCAAGUGAGUUACCAGAUCGGUGGCCAGAAAAACCCUCAGCCAAUAUCUCAACGAUAUUAA